AUGCUCACUUUUUACGCAGACCAAGGUGUUGUCUCUGUCAUCCUCGUCAUGGAUCAAUUUCUGGACCAAUUUCCUCGUGUUUCAGAAACGGCGAGUGGCGCGGGCUUCUGGAAGGGAUUCAUGACCGCGAUGAUCGAGUUGGGAGCGUUGAUUGGUAGCUACCCUUUCUGCUGGAUCGCGGAAAAGAUCUCGCGCAAAUACUCGAUCUGCGUAGCUGUGUGUAUCUUUGUGGUGGGCUCAGUACUUCAAACAGCCGCUCAAAAUUACGCCAUGCUGGUCGUUGGUCGACUCAUCGGAGGCAUUGGGGUUGGAAUGCUGAGUAUGGUGGUCCCAAUGUACAUUGCGGAAGUGUCGCCGCCGGAGAUCAGAGGCACACUGCUUGUACUGGAAGAGUUCUCCAUCGUGUUCGGCAUCAUAUGUGCGUACUGGUUGACGUUCGGCACAAGGUACAUCCCCAGCCAAUGGUCGUUCCGGUUACCUUUCCUGCUGCAGAUCAUACCAGCGAUUGUCUUGGGCAUCGCGGUUCUGUUCAUACCUUUCUCUCCAAGAUGGCUGGUGUCGAAAGGACGCGACCAGGAGGCGUUGGCGGCUCUGGUCAAAUUGCGUCGCGUCCCAGCAGAUGAUCCACGUCUUCAAGCAGAGUGGUAUGACAUUCGUGCCGAAGUCGCCUUUCACAAGGAAGUUGCCCAGAAAAAGCGGCCAGAACUAGGACUGCAAGGACGACGGACCCGCCUCAGUGCGAUCAAGCUCGAACUCACAGCUUAUGCCGAUUGCUUCCGGCAAGGCUACUGGAGACGAACGAUGGUGGGCAUCGGCUUGAUGUUCUUCCAACAGUUUGUCGGCAUCAACGCACUGAUCUACUAUUCGCCAAGCUUGUUCGAAAGCAUGAAUGUCACGUACAAUAUGCGACUGGUCUUGUCGGGUGUCCUGAAUGUCACGCAACUUGUCGGAGUGUCAACUUCCUUGUACACGAUGGACAGAUUCGGCCGGCGUCCGCUGCUCCUGAUUGGCAGUGUCUUCAUGACAGUUUCGCACGCCAUCAUCGCAGUACUGGUGGGGUUAUACUACGGCAACUGGGACGACCACAAGGACAAAGGAUGGGUUGCCGUGGCAUUCCUUUUCCUGUACAUGCUGGCCUUCGGCUGCACGUGGGGCCCAGUGCCCUGGGCAAUGCCCUCGGAGAUCUUUCCAAGCUUCCUUCGAGCGAAGGGCGUGGCGUGGAGUACCUGCAGCAACUGGCUGAACAAUUUCAUCAUCGGACUGAUCACUCCGCCAUUAGUGCAAAAUACACGAGGUUUCGGAGCCUACACCUUCUUUGCGAUGUUUUGCACCUUGAGUUUGCUGUGGACGUGGUUUUGUGUUCCAGAAACCAGAGGCCGGAGUCUCGAGGAUAUGGACCAGGUGUUUGGGGAUCGGGCUGCCGUAUCAGACCAGGUGCGGCGAAAGGAAAUCCUGAAACAGAUGAGGCAGGAAGGUGGUAAUCCAGGGCAGGAGAGGUUAGAGAAGGCAUAG